AUGCCUGACUGUUCUCACUUCACUCAACAUAAUGGAAAGCACAAUGGACAGGACGAAUGUUUUCAACAACACGAAGAUAAUAAAUUACUAGACCAAGACUUACCACGUGUCACCGUUUUGGCGACAGGUGGCACGAUUGCUGGUCAAACCAACGAUUCUGAGUUGACCGGAGCCUAUCGAGCAGGUGUACUCAGUAUCGAAGAAUUAUUGGCAGCCGUACCAAUGCUUUCAAAAGUCGCUCGAAUUCAAGCCGAGCAGGUGGCAAAUAUCGACAGCAAGGACAUGACAAUUGACUUGUGGGAAAAACUUGUGAUUCACGUUCCAUCUUCAGUGGAAGAUUUAGUCGAUGAGACGGCUAUUCAAGCACUUGCCGCUCAAAUUGCUACCACUCGACAAAUCUAUGCAUCCUCAAAUUCGUCUAAUCCUGCUGCAAUAACUGUUUCUACAAAGCUAGAAUUCAAAGGACAACCAUUUCAUCAAGAAUCAAACAUAUAUGGACUUGUUACCCUUCAAACACCUUCUAUUCGCCGAUCAUCAUCAUUAUCACGUGUUCCAAUUGAUCUUGUUUGUGUUGUUGAUCAAAGUGCAUCCAUGUCUGGUGCCAAAAUGAUCUUAUUAAAACAAACAUUAAUGUAUAUUACUGAACAAUUGACCGAUCUCGAUCGAUUGGCCAUUAUUUCAUUUGAUGACCAUGCUUAUGAUCGGUCUCAUGGAUUGAAACGAAUGAAUGAAAACAAUAAACGCAAAUUGAACAUGGUGAUCAAUGAUGAUAUUGAAGAUGGAUUUUCUACGUAUAUCGGAUGCGGUUUAGAAAUGGGCAUUGAAAUGUUCAGACGUCGUCAAACAAAAAAUCCCAUAAGUGCUUUAUUCUUACUCACUGAUGGUCAAGAUGAUGAAGUACACGAUUAUUCUCAUGUCAUAAGAAGAUUGCCUGAAGAUGUAGUUUGUCAUACAUUUGGCUAUGGAUCAGAUCAUGAAGCUGAUUUAUUAGUACAACUUACAGAACAAGGCAAUGGCGGCACUUUCACUUACAUUGAUAAACAUGAAGCUGUGGGUCCAGCAUUUGCCAUGGCACUGGCUGGUCAAGUCUCAGUCCGCUAUGUUGAUCCGAAGAGUGGCCGUACGUUAACUACAAUACCUGUUCCGUUUCAUCUCAUUCGAGCGUCAAAUCUAUCAUCUGAGCACCUUCGAGUUAGUUAUACAAUUGAUCUUCAACGAAAUCGCAUAGAAACUGCACUUGCACUCAAACGAGCUAUGACUGAACAAAAUUAUAGUCGAUCACUCGCCUUGCUCAAAAAUCAAGUUGAAAAUAUUAAGACUAGUGUCUCAGCUCGAGAUCCAUUCUGUCAACAACUAAUUAAAGAUCUUGAACACCGCUAUCCAACUGAACGAGAUUAUCGUUCGGCACACUACAAUGCUUACAUGCAGCAUGCAACUGAACGUGGUACAUAUUCCACAGCAACAAAUUCUAGUUCACAAAUUUAUGAAAGUGUGCAUCAGCAGAAUCAAAGGGCUCGUUAUCAAAGAAGAUAUACAUAA